AUGCAGAUCAAGUCGAUUCCAAUGUGGACCGGAAGCCAUGAUAACUAUGCUUAUCUGGUGGUAGACGACAAGACGAAAGAUGCAAUGAUUGUGGAUCCAGCGAACCCGCCAGAGGUGCUACCGUACUUGGAGAAGACGCUGGCGGCGGAGGGGAUUACCCUGAAGGGUAUUAUCAAUACGCACCAUCAUUAUGACCAUGCCGGCGGUAAUAAAGAGCUGCUCAAAAACUAUCCAGUCCCAAUCCUCGGCGGAAAAGACUGUGAGGGCGUGACAAAAAUCCUCAAAGAUGGCGAGACCUUCACCAUUGGCAAGGGGAUUAGCGUCAGGUCAUUGCACACACCGUGUCAUACUCAAGAUAGUAUCUGCUAUUUUGUCCAGGAUGGGGAUGAGAAGGCAGUAUUUACGGGGGAUACUCUGUUCAUUGCCGGCUGUGGUAGAUUCUUCGAGGGUACGCCAGAGGAGAUGCACAAAGCAUUGAAUGUGACGCUGGCUUCACUCCCGGACGAUACGAAGGUCUACCCGGGACAUGAGUAUACAAAGUCUAAUAUCAAGUUCGGACAGCAUGUCACGGAUACGGUGCCGGUGCAAAAGCUGGGAAAGUUCUGUGCAGAGAACGAACAGACACAAGGGAAAUUCACUAUUGGGGAUGAGAAGCAACAUAACGUUUUUAUGAGAGUUGAUGACCCGGCUGUUCAGCAAGCCACCGGUGAAAUUGAACCAGUUGCGGUUAUGAAGAAGCUUCGGGAGAUGAAGAAUAGUUUCAAACCUCCUUUUGUGUCUCGAGAUUUAAUCCAUAUCCCGGGGAGUCCAUUAACGAUUGACAUAAGUUUGAACACUGGCUGGAUAUUUCCUAAGGUUAGGGCUUUUAUGGAUUUCCCCAAGGAAGAAGAGAAAAUCCUCGAGUUCUGGAGGGAGAUUGAUGCCUUCAGGACCUCGGUCAAAUUGUCAGAGGGGAAGACGCCGUAUUCUUUUUAUGACGGACCUCCGUUCUGCACUGGAUUACCGCAUUAUGGCCACUUGCUCGCCAGUACCAUCAAAGAUAUUGUCCCCCGUUAUUGGCACAUGAAAGGCCACUAUAUCGAGCGAAGGUUUGGUUGGGAUACUCACGGUCUCCCCGUUGAGUAUGAGAUUGACAAAAAGCUUAACAUCACCUGUAAGGACGAUGUUAUGAAGAUGGGCAUUGAUAAGUAUAAUGCCGAGUGUAGGGCUAUUGUCAUGAGGUACUCCACAGAGUGGAGACAAACUAUCGAUAGGUUGGGUCGCUGGAUCGACUUCGACAACGACUACAAGACCAUGUACCCGACAUACAUGGAGUCCAUCUGGUGGGUUUGCAAGCAGCUUUUUGACAAAGAUCAAGUGUAUCUUGGAUACCGUGUUAUGCCCUAUUCAACUGCAUGCACCACCCCGCUUUCCAACUUCGAAUCUCAGCAGAACUAUAAGGAUGUUCAAGACCCUGCCGUAGUUGUCAGCUUCCCACUGGUAGAGGAUCCCACUACCGACCUUCUUGCUUGGACCACCACACCUUGGACUUUGCCCUCUCACACCGGAAUUGCGGUCCACCCAGACUUUGAGUACAUCAAGAUCAAUGAUCAGGCGUCUGGCAGAAACUAUAUCCUUCUCGAGUCAUGUCUGAAAACUCUAUAUGGAGAGAAGGGGCUCAAAAAGGCAAAGUACACUAUUGAGAAGAAGUACAAGGGUAAGGAUAUGUUAGGAUGGAAGUACGAGCCGCUUUUUGACUACUUCUAUGAGGACUUUAAGGAGCAUGGUUUCAAGGUAUUGAAUGCUACCUAUGUCACAUCGGACAGUGGUACGGGGUUGGUUCAUCAAGCACCUGCAUUUGGUGAGGAGGAUUACAAUGUCGCGAUGGAUGCGGGAGUCAUCACGGAGAAGAGGCCUCCGCCAAACCCGGUUGAUGAGUCUGGUAUUUUUACUAGCCAAGUUAGAGAUUUCGCUGGGCUUCACGUUAAGGCUGCAGACAAGUCUAUCAUUAAACAUUUGAAGGAGAAAAAGAGACUCGUCGUCGAUGGUCAAAUCACCCACAGUUAUCCGUUCUGUUGGCGUUCAGAUACCCCUUUGAUUUACCGAGCCGUUCCCGCUUGGUUCGUCCGUAUCCCCAGUAUCAUUCCCCAGAUGUUGAAGAACAUUGAGGGCUCGCAUUGGGUUCCUUCAAACGUGAAGGAAAACAGAUUCGCAAGUUGGAUUGCAAAUGCUAGGGACUGGAACAUCUCUCGUAACAGGUAUUGGGGUACACCGUUACCCAUCUGGGUUUCGGAUGAUCGUGAGGAGAUUGUGUGUGUUGGAAGUGUAGAGGAACUCAGGGAGUUGAGUGGAUGCGGAGAGAUUCCGGAUCUCCACCGCGACAAAAUUGACCACAUCACCAUCCCGAGCAAGAAAGGAAAGGGUGUUUUAAAGAGAGUGGAGGAGGUCUUUGAUUGUUGGUUUGAGUCUGGAAGCAUGCCUUACGCUAGCAAGCACUACCCUUUUGAAAACAAGGAGCAGUUUGAGGGCUCUUUCCCAGCUAACUUCAUUGCCGAGGGAUUGGACCAGACGCGUGGAUGGUUUUACACUCUCCUUGUCCUUGGUACACAUCUUUUUGGAGUCUCUCCAUUCCAAAACUGCAUUGUCAAUGGUAUUGUACUUGCCGAGGACGGAAAGAAGAUGUCCAAGCGUCUCAAGAACUAUCCUGACCCCACAUUGGUCAUGGAUAAGUACGGUUCUGAUGCUCUGAGACUGUACCUUAUCAACUCACCAGUUGUCAGGGCACAGCCGCUGAGGUUCAAGGAGUUGGGUGUCAAAGAGGUUGUCGCCAAGGUGCUGUUACCGCUUUGGAACAGUUACAAUUUCUUCGAGCAGCAGGCACAGCUGUUGAAGAAACUGACUGGUAAUGAAUACAGGUUCAGCCCUGAGUCAGGCGGUAACAAGAAUGUGAUGGAUAAAUGGAUUUUGGCCAAUUGCCAGAGUUACUUGAAAUUUGUGAAUGAAGAGAUGACUGCGUACCGUUUGUACACCGUGGUUCCUAGAAUGCUGGAAAUGAUCGACAACACAACCAACUGGUACAUUAGAUUCAACAGAAAACGUCUGAAGGGUGAAUAUGGCCUCGAAGACACAACACAUGCUCUAAACGCACUUUUUGAGGUUCUAUUUACGCUUGUGCGUGGCCUCGCCCCAUUCACACCAUUCUUGACAGAUAAUAUCUACCAACGCCUGCGCCCCUACAUUCCCGAGUCACUCUUACCCAAGGAUUCUAGAAGUGUACACUUCCUGAGCUUUCCAGAGGUUAGGGAAGAACUGUUCGAUGAGGAUGUUGAGAGGAGAUUUGGCAGAAUGCAGAAGGUCAUUGAGCUGGCACGUGUUUCCAGAGAGAGGAAGACUGUCGGCUUGAAGACACCUUUGAAAACACUUGUUGUCAUCCACAAAGACCAACAAUAUCUCGACGAUAUCAAGUCUCUCGAAUCUUACAUCACCUCUGAGCUUAACGUCCGCGAUCUUGUCCUUUCAUCGGACGAGGAUAAGUACGGUGUACAAUACAAAGCUGUUGCCGAUUGGCCUGUCCUUGGAAAGAAAUUGAAGAAGGAUCUUCCCAAGGUUAAGCAAGCUCUCACUAAGCUAACGAGCGCUGAGGUCAAAAAAUUUGUCGAAGACAAGGAAAUCGUAGUCGGUGGGAUCACACUUGUGGCCGAGGAUCUCAACGUUGUCCGCGAGCUCGGGGAGUCAUCAUCGGGGCAUAUGGAGACAAACACGGAUAACGAUGUCCUUACCAUCCUUGACACAGAGCUACACAAGGAGCUGGAGAGUGAGGGACUUGCGAGAGAAAUUUUGAACCGUGUUCAGAGGCUACGAAAGAAGGCGGGCCUCGUGGCUACGGAUGAUGUGAAGAUGGAGUAUAGAAUCCUCAAGGACCCGAUUGGACUCGAGGAGGUCUUUGUAGAGCAUAGGGAUACUCUUGAGAAGGCGCUCCGAAGGCCUCUGGAUAAGGCCACUAUCACGCAUAUUGAAGAAAUAAAUCCAGGUGAAGAUAUAGACAAGAUCAUUAUGGAGGAGGAGCAAGAGGUUGGAGAAGCCACAUUCUUGCUGAGGCUUCUAAAACUUUAA